GAAAAAAAAGGGCACAGAAUUGAUGGACCGAAACCCUGAAGGCCUCAACACUGAAAUUAAUGGCGGGAAACACAUUCGAGAACGAUGAAUAUGGAACUGCAGAGGCCGCCUCUGAGAGAGAUCAAUCUUUAAGCUGAAGAGCCAAAGAAGAACACUCUGAGGCAUCGUUGAGGUAGAGAGUAGAGGAAGAUGGAGAAAAAAGUUGGGGCUGAGAUCGAAGAGCUUCCGAAGACUAUAGUUCGCCGAGUGGUUAAAGAGAAGCUUUCUCAGUGCUCUCGGAACCAGGAUAUUUCCGUCAACAAAGAUUCGCUUCUAGCCUUUUGCGAGAGCGCUCGGAUCUUCAUUCAUUACCUCUCCGCAACGUCGAAUGAUAUAUGCAAGGAAUCGAAGAGGCAGACGAUUAAGGCGGAAGAUGUAUUGAAAGCUCUAGAAGAUAUGGAAUUUCCCGAGUUGGUUAGGCCUCUUAAGGCUUCCCUCAAUGAAUUCAGAAGUAAGAAUGCUGGAAAGAAGGCAGCUGCGUCCAGGAUAAAAGAAGCGAAAAAGAGGAAGAUAGAAGAAGAGCCUACAGUUGAAGGUACUGAUGGUGAAAGCAAAGAUGAUGUCGAAAAUGACAAUGACGAUAACGAUGACGGUAACGAUAAAGAUGAAGAUGAAGAUGAAGUUGAGAAUGGUGGCAGUGAUGACUGAGAAACAUGAUGUAUUUCCCUAAUUAGGUACUUAAAAUGAGGUUAUUCCUCACUUUGUACGCAUAAGAUGGUUUGCAAGUCUUCUAGGAGUAUAUUUUUCUUUUUUCUGAGACUAAUUUAGGUUGUAUAUUGUGAAGCGGCAGAUGCACUUUUUGGCAAGUUCUGUAUCUCUGUCCACAUGGUAGUGAGAGAGGCUCCCAUACCUUAUUAAAUCCAUUUGUUUUCUGGGUUUUUCCCCCAUAGUUUUUCGAAUGCCAGACAUGAAGGACAUGUUUGUUUCUUAGUUUCUAACGUAUAAAAUCCACAAAUGUUGGUG